AUUCUCUCCAUACUAUAAAUACUUAGGAAAGAGAAAAGAAAUAACAGUCGCACUUUGCCAGCAUCAGAUCUAUCUCGGACGGCAAGAAAAGGUCAGAAUACACAAAGGUGUUGCCACUUGCCUCUUGUUGCCUUGUUGCACCUGGUCAGCCGUGCCCAUCCUCUCCGUGCUUGACUGCAGCGUACAUCAAGCACACCGCUGUGGUAGUCAAGGUUACACAAAGUGGGGAAGACAGACAGCUAAAUUACAAAAGCGAGUCACACAAAGUGGUCACCUCAGUAGGAACUUCUACUUGGUUGAUUUGGGGUGUGAGGAAAUCCAGACGGAGGAAGCCCACACAGAGAACAGAACAAGGAAAGGGAACAGAAGGAAAGGGCUGAAAUCAGACAAGAAGAGGAAUUAAGACAGUCCAGGAGGAUUUAAAAGAGAACAUCCAUCGAUUCACUGUUAAGACGUAGAUCCCCCCCCUAAAACACCACCCUGCCGGUCCUCCUCCAUCUCCACCCCUUAUCCUCCAGCAUGGCUGCCCUGCAGACCGCCACCCUCUUGGUGCUACUGGUCCUGUGCCUGCCAGGUUCCUCCCACUGCUUCAAGCCUCUCUUCUCAUUCAGCGGGAACUCCAGCACCCACCUUGGCAUCACCGUGACGGCGGUCCUCAGGAAGACAGCGGAGGUCUGCCGAGCCAUCGCUGAAAGUGAGGGACGGGACUUUGACCUGAAGAUUGAUGACAGCCUGUCAGUCAGCAAAGUACAACGGGCCUGUUCCUCCACCGGCACCAGCUCCAUCAUCUCCACCGUCAUCUUCCACACGUCCCUCGCCAACAUGUACUUCAGCAACGCAAAGGUGGAUGUGGUGUUUGCGCUGAGUGAGGAGCACCAUUUCGAUGACGAGACCUUCGAGGGAGGACGUGACGUCAUCUUAGCAGGAAUAUCUGCUGUAAAGGCCAGUGUGAAGCAGGAGAACUUUGUCGCAGGGAGGUGGACCCUGGGACGAAUCUGUCAUACCCUUCAGGACUUCUACAGUCACAGUAAUUGGGUGGAGCUGGGGAACAGCGCCCCCUACAGUGCUCUGAUCAAACCUGACGUACCUCUGCAGAAUCUGGCAGGCCUAACUACUCCAACCUGUAGGAACUGCACGGGCGAGGACUGCAGCGACAACCUUCUGCCAGAGCUGCUGCAGCAGGGGCUCCUCACCUCAGGCUACUUCAACAUCUUCUCCUCCGCAAAGCCUGAAGGUAAAUGCAGUCACGGUGGUACAUUUGACAUGACCAGCCGACGGGACCCGGUGGGGGGCAUCAACAAGGAUGACACUGAGGCCAGCCAUGGAUCGCUCCACCACAGAGCAGCAAACCUGGCUAUUAACGCUACUAUGGAUCUGCUGGAGGACAUUAGAGUGGCUGUUGGAGACCAGAACUUCCUGCGCUUGAUGGGUCUCUCCCAGUCGUCUGUGUUGUGCUUUGUCAUCGACACCACAGGCAGUAUGAGCGACGACAUAGCUGAGGCCAAGAGAGUCUCGUUCUCCAUCAUUGACAGUAAGAGGGGAACCCAGCAGGAGCCCUCGGCCUACAUACUGGUCCCUUUCAAUGAUCCAGGUUUUGGACCUCUGCUCAUGACAACUGACGCUGACCUCUUCAAAGCCAGUAUCAACAAGCUGGAUGCAAACGGGGGAGGGGACAUCCCAGAACUGUGCUUGUCUGGACUACAGCUUGCCCUGACGGCGGCUCCACCCUCUUCUGAGAUCUUUGUCUUCACGGACGCUCCAGCCAAAGACGCUCAUCUGAAAACCACCAUCAUUGCCCUCAUAGAGAGCACCAAGUCUGUGGUAACCUUCAUGUUGACAGGCACCGUGUCCAGCCGGCGGCGCCGUCGAGGGCUGCAGGGCGGGAGGUCACGGAGCCUGAGCGAGGCAGACGCCCAGCUGUACCGUGACCUCUCCCAGGCCUCUGGAGGUCAGUCCAUCGAGGUCACCAAGACAGACCUCUCCCUGGCUACCACAGUUAUAGAGGAUGCUUCAACUAGCGGUGUGGUCACAGUUUUUCAGGCAGUAAGGAGUCCAGGGAAGCCUGAAAACUUUACCUUUUUAGUUGACGGAUCAAUAAAGAACCUCACUGCGUAUAUCACAGGAGUCUCAUCACUCACUUUCAGUCUAACCAGUUCCACAGGAGUUUCCCAGAGCUCCAGUGAGUCCAGUGGUCCUCUGGGAUCCUUCACCACAGUGGGAAAUCUACGUCGUUUCACAUUCAACACUGACAAUCAGACGGGGUCGUGGGAAAUUAGCAUCAACUCCAAUGACCCCUACUCUCUCAAGGUCACAGGUCAAAGUUCAGUGAAUUUUAUCUAUAACCUUGUGGAGGCACAUGAGGGAGCACACGGGGACUUCAGCCUGAAAGAGGGGCGUGUUCUCACAGGUGGUAAUGCCAGCCUGUUGGUGUCAGUGACAGGAGGUGACACAAUGAAGGUCACAGACGUUGCUCUGGUGGAAGGCUCGGGGUCCCGGGAAGUCAAUGGAUCAUUGCAGUCAGUGGGAAGUGGUAACUACCUAGUUACAGUCAAUGGUGUCCCGGAGGGGGCCUUUGUGUUACGCCUGAGGGGAGAGGACAGCACCACCUCCAGGUCAACAACCACAUCCAGCAGCUUCCAGAGGCAGGGCUCCACCCAGAUCAGGACCUCCAGCAUCUCUGUCACCGCCCAAGCCAACACCACCACCACAGAACCAGGCACCACCAUCUCCGUCCCUUUCACUGUAUCUAUAACCACCAACGGAGUUGUCAACGACUCUGCCAGCGGUACAUUCACAGUGCGGGCCACCAACGACCGCAGCUACACCUCAACCUCCCCCACUACCGUCUCCAUAGCAGCAGGCAGUGGAGGCAAAGCCAACGGUACCGUAACCUUAACGGUACCGGCGAGUGCCGCCUCAGGAACGGACGUGACCCUGACUAUUGAAGCAGAAAAUGCGGCUACCAGUGACACCAACUAUGCCGUGCUCAGGCUCUCGGUGGUUGCCAAGGUCACAGAUUUCACCCGCCCAGUGUGUCAGGCAGCCAGUGUAUCAGAUAUCUGUCCCUCCUCUUCAUCACUCUGCGGUUCCUCCCAGUGGGAAUUCUCCGCAAACCUCACUGAUGGCAUCAAUGGCACCGGCAUUCAAAGUGUCACUGUGCGCCAAGGGAACGGCACCCUCAACACCAGCAUGAUGACUGGAGCAGGGGGAGAGAACAUUACGGUCAUUUCUUACAGCGCCUCCUGCUGUUCGCAGACCGUAGAGGUGGUUGCCGUAGAUGGGGCAGGAAAUGUGGGGACAUGCGUGGGGCAAGCUAGACUCACUGUGCACACCACAGUUCCCUCUGUCAACACAACUGCUGCUGUCAACACAACUGCGGUUGCAACAACAACCAGUAGAGGGCACACUUUUACCACAUCACAGUUUCUUCUCACCAGUGUUGUGAUGUCUCUCCUCUGGAAGUGAAAGGGGGUAAAGGCAUGCACAUGAAUCAAGUGCCCUCUCAGAAAGGCUUUCAAGCUUUUUUUUCACACCAGACAAAAUGCUUCUGAUUGAAUUACCCCUGCUUUUGAAGGGAGUAAAAUAAAGCUGAGCUUUCUUUCUCUUUGUAUAAAGUCAUCCCUUAGAAGAUGCAAAAAGAGCGUAAUUAGAAUUAAGACUGUGAACACUGUGAAAAUGCAACUGAGAUUGAGAAAGAGAAAUUUAGGUUCUCGUAACACACAGGUGAGUGGCUCAGCAGAAAGUCCUCAAACUGGGUCACCACCCAAAAUUCAGCAGUGGUGUCUGGUGGUUAGUGUUUGGGCAUUGGUGGUAGCUACCGCACUGAAAUCCUAUUUUAGACAUGCUUAUCAGUACUAUGUAAGUGUAACAUAUCUGUAUUACUUUAUUGCUGAGUAAUGCACUUUCCCACUAUUUUCUUUAUUGAAAUUAUAGUACAAUUUAUUCUAUUUUAUACUCUAUACCUAUACUUUUAUACUUACUGUGCAUGGCUUCACAGUGUUGAUAUAGCCUACUGUAGAUAUUUACAGGAUUAUCUGUGGAUUGCUCAUGGAUUUUUAAUGGUCUAAACACAGAUUGGCAUGAAACUGAAAAAAAAAAAAUCAUAUUACUUCCUAUACACCUCACUACUUUUACUGUUAUAGUUUGGUGGAUAUGACAGAAAGUAGGC